UGCACAUUCCCUCCUCUCACAGCAUCCUCUAAGACGAAUAAAAAAGAACAAAUUAUGGAGAACACACAGGCAGCGCAGUCUGCUAAGGCCGAUGAGGAGCACGCCCGCCGCGUCAGGCGCGCGAACCUGCGCAAGUUGAACACGGAGCGGGCGGGGCAAGAGCCCUCGAAGGCGCUCGACUCGUCGCUGAAGCGGCACACCGCGCUAAUCAAGCGCAUCCGCCAGUCCGUCGGCGCGGACAACCGCGAGCAGAUCCUGAAAGACAUCGACGCGCUCUCGCUGGAGAAGUACGUCGAGGAGAUCGUCGGCGCAGUGGUCGAGGGGACCGCGCGGUGCAAGACGGAGAAGGACGUUUGGAGUGCCGUGGAGGUGAUAUCCGCCCUGCACCGCCGCUUCCCGAAGACCUUCACCCCCUCGCUGAUCGAGCUCCUCGCGCAGGCGCUGACGCCGCCCAACCGCGCCGCCCUCGCCUCCCUCCCCGUCGAGCAGCGCGAGAAGGAGGACGCCACGCGCGUCGCGCGGCAGCGCCCCGUGCUGCGCGUGUGCGCCGAGCUUGCAUUGGUCGGGAUCAUCAGGGACGCGCCCGGGCGCAGCGGCGCGGAGUGGGUGAUGAAGACGCUCAAGGAGCUGCUGAGCAACGACCCGACGCUCUCCUCCCUCCCGCUGCUCUCGACGUUCCUUAAGUCCUACUCGCGCCCGUACCUCGGCAUCGUCGCGCCGGCGGCCCACGCGAAGCAGAUCUCGGCGGCAUCCGAGCCCGGGACGCUCUCCGGACAGGCGCAGAACGGGUCUGGUGCGGGUAUGGAGACGGGGGCGGUGGACGAGGACGAGGAGCUCGUGGAGAAGGACAUCCGGGACCGCUUCAAGCGGAUGUGCGAGAUGUACUUCGAGACCGUCGCAAAGAAGCUCGUGAUCGAGCACAAGCGGCUGCAAGAGCAGGAUCGCAAGAACCACGAGGCGUACAUCCGCUCAGGGGAGAUAUUCGAGGACCGCCAGCAGGCGUACGAGAAGAUGACGAAGAGCUACGAGAAGCUGCUCGCGAGCUGCCAGACCCUGUCCGAGCUCUUGUACAUGCCCAUGCCGGAGCUACCCACCGUCGCGCACAAGUCCGAGUCGAUCCUCAUCGGCGCGGGCACGAACGGGCUCGGCGCGGACGACGACGAAGGCCUGAUUACUGCGGGCGGGAAGUGGGAGGACGAGGAGGAGCGCCAGUUCUUUGAGGAUAUUCUUGAUUUGAAGGAUAUGGUGCCAAGGAGCGUGCUGGGAAUCGAGGAGGAGAAGGAGGCGGGGGAGGACGAGGAGGAAAGGAGGAGAGAGCGGGAGCGGGAGGAGGAGGAGGUCAGGAGGCUGGAGCGCGAGAUUGAGGGCUUGGGGAGCGGGGAGGGGGUUAAUGGGGUAGCGCAGGAGGAUGCGGGGGAUAUUGAUGCGGAGGAUGAGGGAGAUGACGAUGCGCCGACACCGGUUCCCGGAUCGCCGCGGGCGGGUGCAGCCACCCCUCUCCCGGACGGCACGGAGGCCCAGGGUCCGUCCCAGCUGCUCACUGCGCUUCUCGCUCGUCUCCCGGAUUGCACCAAUCGUGCAUUGAUCGAUCAAGCUGCAGUUGAUUUUGCCUUCCUCAAUUCUAAAGCGGCGAGGAAGAGGCUUGUGAAGUUCCUGUCGCAGGUACCGAAGAAUCGGACGGAACUGUUACCUCAUUAUUCCAGGCUUGUAGCUACUCUGAACAGAUAUAUGCCUGAUGUUGGCACGGAACUUGUCGCGAUCCUGGACGAAGAGUUCCGUUAUUUGCAGAGGAAGAAGAAAGUUGUGAAGGAGUUGCACGACGUGAGGGUCAAGAACAUUACCUUCAUAUCCAACCUCACCAAGUUCCGCGUCGUCCCGACGCAUUUGAUUCUGCAUAUAUUCAAAGUGUGCCUGGACGACUUCUCGGGCACGAAUGUGGACAAUAUAGCCAUGUUGCUGGAGGGCUGUGGUAGGUUCCUGCUGAGGAGCGAUGAGACGAAGGAGAGGUUUGCAAAGAUGCUAGAGCUUAUGAAGAGGAAGCAGAGCCUGCAGCAUUUCGACCAGCGACAGCAGCUGAUGCUCGAGAAUGCUUAUUAUCAGUGCAAUCCCCCCGAGAGAGCUCCUCGUCAAGAAAAGGAGCGAACGCCCAUGGAGCUCUUCAUCCGGCAUCUCAUCUAUGACGUCCUAUCUAAGAAGUCUAUCGACAAGGUGUUGAAGCUCAUCCGCAAGCUAGACUGGGACGAUGCCGCUGUACGCCGCUCGCUGCACAAGGUCUUCACGAAGCCAUGGAAGAUCAAGUACAGCAAUAUCGGGCUGCUCGCGAUGUUGACGUACGACUUGCAGCGGUAUCAUCCCGAGUUCAGCGUGGCUGUUGUUGACCAGGUGCUCGAAGAUAUUCGCAGAGGCCUCGAACAGAACGUGUACAGCACCAACCAGAGGAGGGUGGCGACAAUGAGGUACCUUGGGGAGCUGUAUAUCUAUAGGUUGCUCAACUCUUCCAUUAUCUUUGAUACAUUCUGGUCCCUGGUUACCUUUGGCCAUCCCGAGGGUCGACCUUUACCCCGUCAGCCUUGUCCUCUGGACAUGCCGGACGAUUUCUUCCGCAUCCGUCUUGUCUGCACUUUGCUGGACACCUGCGGGAUGUGCUUUGACCGGGGGUCGCAGAAGAGGAAGUUGGACAAUUUCUUGACGUUCUUCCAGUAUUACAUGUUGUGCAAAGAGCCUCUGCCCAUGGACGUAGAGUUCAUGGUCUCAGAUUCCAUCGAGGCUGUUAGACCGGAGUUGAAGCUGUAUAGGAACGUGGAGCAGGCUGCCAUAGCGGUGGAUGAAAUGUUCAGUGCUGCUUUCCAGGAGGCAGGCUUGACCACCAGUGCCGGGGAUGAUAGUGGGGAAGAAAGCGGGGAUGAGGACGACCGGCCAGAACAACAGGAGGAUGACGGUGAUGAAGAACAGGGCAAUCCGGAUUCCCCUGUUGAUGACCGUGCCCCAUCACCGGAGACAGUCUUGGUCGGCUCGAUAUCCCAGGAGCACGUUGGGCCGACGGAAGACGAGGACGCGGAGUUUGCCAAAGAGCUCGCAAAGAUGCUGGUCGAAUCGUCGGCCGAGUCUAAGAAGGUCGAUCGCAGGACUGCGCAAGCUCUUUGGGAUUCGUCUAUCCUUCCCCCCGGUGCCAGGCGCAGGCGUGGUGACGAGGGCGAGGGCGAUGCGUCUGACCUCGACGACAAUGGCGUGAUGAAGUUCACUCUCGUGACGAAGAGGGGUAACAAGCCUCAGACGCGUUCCCUCGCCGUCCCGGCCGAGAGUGCUCUCGCCGUGCAGACGCGCACUGCCCAAAUGCAAGACAAAGUCGAGCAGCAACACCUCAAGCGCCUCGUCUUGGACUAUGAACAGCGUGAAGAAGCCGAGGAGCUCAAAGCGCUGGAAACUCGCACCCGCGGAGGGGCGAUCAAGAUACGGAUCGCUGGUUAA